GUCUUCAUACUAGGGAUUAAUUUCCCGGAAAACCGGUUAAUCAAGAAAUCCCUACAAACAUUCUAUGGCAUCGGCCACCAACACUCCUCCCGUAUCUUGGCAAAACACUCCAUCAUCCCCACUCAGAGACUCGGUGGCAUUUCCGCGAAGACAAUUUCUGCCAUCACAGCCGAGCUCUCGGGCAUGACGAUCGAGACGGACCUGCGGAGGAAGAUGCAAGAUAACAUCCGUCGCUUGAGGGACAUGGGUAGUUAUAGGGGGAGGCGGCAUGCUAUGGGUCUACCGGUGAGAGGGCAGAGGACGAGGAGUCAGAUCUUGACGGCGAGAAAGUUGAAUAGAGUGGAAAGACACAACUAG